UGAUCCUUCUGCCUCUGCCUCUGAGUAGCUGGGACUACAGAUAUGUGCCACCAUGCCUGGCUAAGGCAGUGUUGUUUGGAGGAGCUCCUUCCUACCUGCAAAUACCUAGAGGGGGUGCCAGGGCCUGACCCUCUUUGACCUCUUCUUUAUGUGGCAGCAAUACGUAGGAAAACAGAGAGCUUCAAAUGAGAAGUGGCUAGGAAAGUGUAUUUUCUCCUGGAGAUGGCAGGGGGAGCUUCAGGAAUCAGGUGCAUGAAAAUGGCUGGAAACAUAAACUGAGUUGGUUUUUAAUUGGGACAGGAUGCUGGAGCAGAUAAGCCUCCUUGAAAAUAAUGAUGAGAUCCAGAUGGGGAGGCACAGAGCAGGAACCAACCCUCUCCCCACCUUCCCCUCCUCUGUGGCAGCAGCAAUCCUCCCUGGAGUGUGGACAGUCUCGGCUUGGAAUUUGCUAGCUAGGAGAAAGAAGGAAGUGGGAGGGAUGGGACCCCCUUUCCACUUGCCUUGCACGCAAACCUCUCUCAACCUAAUGAGCUGUAAUGCUGGAAGCCAAGUCAUCCUCAGGAUGGGGAAGCCAGGCCAGGGCUAAUUCUUUGUCAGCAGAUUCUCAGGAGCUAUGGAAAUGAAGCAGCUUGGUGUACAGCAGAUAAUCAAGAGAGGCCCAGUGGGUGGAAGGAGUGGAGUAUCUCUCCAGUCGUUCAAUAUUGAUCACAGUGGGGUUCCAGGCGUCCAGCCUGGGUGUGUGUGUGCACGUGUGCACAUGUAUGAACAUGCAUGCCUGCAAAAGAUCAUGAAACUUGGAUUAAUUUUUGCCACUCUUGACAGCGUAGUGCCAGGUAUACUGCAUGUGGAUGCUGACUCUCCAGGGGGAUGUUUGGAGAUGAAACAAUGCAGUGUUAUCUCUAUGUGAGGUGCUGUAGGGGCUGAGGAUGUCUCUUGAACUACAGGAAAGAUUUAAGUAGGUGCAGAGACAAAGGCCUGGAAAAUGGAGAGGAUCUGCUUCUUUUCUUUGUAAUUUAUUGGUCUUGGGACUUCCAGAGUGCCUGCCCCUGGCACUCCCAGCCCAUGCCGCAUACACAAUCUUCUUAAGCCUGGGACUAUGUGUUUUUCAUUUUUUCGCUCCUGCAUCUGGCGUAUUUCUUAAUUUGUUUUUCACAGCCAUUAUCUCUUCUGCAUCAAAUGGUCCACAUUUUGAAAGUUUACAGCUAUUAUUUCAUAGAGUUAGCAUGUGUGCUGGUGAAGCGAGCACUAGUAUUUCAUAUAGUUAGAAGGUACCUCAUUUACACAUGAGAAAACUAAGGGCCCAAGAAAUAAAGUCACAUUGCUAACUCAGGUUGGAUCUUGGACUGAAUGUUUGGUCCUGCCAUAUUUGUUCCCACUGACGGCACUGCCAUCAGGGCCACCCUCAUAGUGCAUAAGUGACCACCAACUGGACUGCUCUGGAGUUUAGGACUGCUUCUACCUCCACCACACGAUCUCUUUUACCACCUGAGAUUUUCCCUUCUCUUGGGCGGAAUUUGAGAGGUCCAUUUGGAUAUGUAUUCAUAGAUUCAUAAUCAUUUGUCCUUGACAAAUGGAAGCCUUUCGACAUCCCAAAAGGAAAGAGAGAGGAAGGAGAAAACGGAUUACCUAUUGUUUCCCUUUUUAAUGUUCUGCCUCUUGUAAGUUCUUCUUGAUGUCUAACUAAAAUGAAAAUCUGCCAUACUGUGCAGUUUGUUGGCAAAGGGAAAGAACCCCUGCUAGACAUUCUGUGUGCAGACUUAAUUCAGAGGAUUUCGGAGCUCUCGAUGAGCAGGGGAAGCCCCAAGCCUGCCUUCGUUCCUACUCCCUCGUGCUAUCUUUACAGGGCAUAGGAGAAGUAAUUUAACUUGCAGCUUAAGCAAAGGCUGUGGGAGGCCCCUGAGCUCAGCUUGAAGAGAAAGGGGAUAUUUUUGCCUUCUAGAGGAAGAAAGCUCAUUUUCCCAAAGCACCCCUACCCCCUCCUCCUUCUGUGCAGAUGAGCUUAAUUUUCUUCCCCUCCUACUGAAGGUGGAUCAAAGCCAAGCUAUGUAUUCAAGGGGGAGAUAGGCAGGGAAGCUGAGUGAGGGGGCGAGGGGGCAGAAGCAGAGCUUCUCUCAUGGAGAGGAAGUAAUUAAUUUUAAGAGAGAGCUAAGAUAGGGAAACCCUUGGUGAUAGAAUGUCAAACUCCAAAUGCAGGUGGUUAAAAAUUAAGUCAGGGCUGGAGAGUUUCUAUUAUUCAUUCAUUCAACAAAUAUUUAUCGAGCACCUGUUUUGUAUGGGCAGGAACCUCAACUGGGCAUCAGGAGAGGGCCCAAGAAACUGGAUUAGGGACAGGGAAAGGAAGCGAUCUGAAAACUGAGGCCUCCUCUCACCAGGAUAAAUCAUUUGCAAAAGUCCCAUGAAAUAGCUGAAUGUAUUGACCUUCUGGAUUUAAGAUUAAGCUAUUUAAAUAUCAGCAGCGGUUGACCCCAGUUAUAUCGUACCAACAUGUCUCAUUAUGGGUUAAAUAAUAAUGUUGUCCAUUUGCUUUUCCAUUCACUGAUGACAUUAUUCCCCGAUAAAGUUCUUGCUCCAUCCAAAAAAUUAGAUUAGCCCCUUCCUUUCAGUGUCUGUUGUGACAUCACAGAAUUGCCAUAGCAACAGACUGUGAUGUCAGCAGGCUGCCUGGUGCUGCUAAAAAGAACCACGUUGGUCAAAAAAGGAAUCUGUCAUGUGAAGACGAAAUGGAAUAAUAUAGAAAGCCAGAGGAACUGAAACGUGAUAUCAAAAAGAACAUCUUGGCAGGAUAAGAUAACAGUGGGUCUGGAGCCUCCUUUGCUAGAACUCUUUACAGAAAACCAAGGAACUUAAUGAGGAUUGAUUGGAGAACAGACUUGCCUAGAAGCAGGGGGAUGGCAGCGAUGCCCUUCGGAAGGCCCUCGCAGUCCAAGGAUCCUAAGACAUGAAGGACAUUAGGAAAGGGGGAGCGCUGACCAUCUUUAGCCGCUGAAGAAUUCAGGGGAAUUAGCAUUGAUACAAACCUCCUUGCUUCUGAGCAGAUCUGACAGUCACCAGCUGGAAUGUAUCAUCUCGUGUCUGGGAAGAUUUUCAGCCAUAAACACACAAUGACCCCCUCUCAAGCCCCAUUUGCCGCCCUAUUCCUCGCAAGCCUUGGGAGGAAGCUCUCCUUUAACGUUGCCUGAGCAGUCCCAUCCCAGCCACCAGCUCUGGCUCCACAACGUCCACGCCCAUCUGGUCGACUUGCUUCUCAUCUGUAGGACCGCCACACAGGGAGGGAAAGCAACCCUGUGCUGUCCGAGGGGAGCAAGUCGGAGGGACGGGGGCAGAGGAGCUUCAUUCAUUAUGCUCCUGUCCACACAGAAGAAGGCUGGGCAGGCUGACAGAAGGGAAAGGAGACCUGCUCAAUCAAUCUCAGCUUCUCAGCAGCGGCAGCAAUAACAGCAGAUGAAUCUGGAGCUUCAUUUAACCCUUAUGCCCACAGGAUCUGAAGGAUCUCUGAGAAGCAAGUUGAUUUUCAGCUUAGGAGCCUGUGUUGUGAGUUGGGAAUUGGAGAGGCAGGAGGACUGUCUCCCUACAGGUCGGGCUGGCAUGAGUUUCAGCCGUGCAGAUGGGAACGCAGCCCCAGACUCCUUCACCCGCCCAGCUACUCUGCGUCCUUAGCUCACUGAGGUCGGACUACCUGGGAGUGCUACACCUGCUCCGUGUAUGUCUGUCUCUCUAUUUCAGCAUUUUCUCCUUGGGGAGCUGAAUGGGGAGGAUAUCAUCCCCUCCUUGUUUAUUCUGCCUCCAGUCCUCUGACCAGUAGCAUUCUGGCCGAAUACAAGGAAGCCACAGGCCUAUUAGGGCACCUAGGCGACCCCUACCACCACCCAAGGAGAGUGCCCUCCUGGUUCUCCAGAGCCAGAGCCAGGAGGAGGGGGAACUGCCAGAGUCUCUGCCACCGAUCGCUCUGCAUCUCUGCCACAGCCUUACCAGUUGGACCAGAGGACUUACUUCUCAGAGGCAUGGUAGGAGCAGGGUGGCCGGCGGGUCCUCUGAGGCUGCCAACCUGGGGACGGACCUGCCAAAAAGAUGUUGAAGUUUCGGGCUGAUCGACGGGUCAGCCACAAUGAAAGACGGAACACAUUUCUACACCCAGUGACUGGCCAGGUCCCAGACGAAAACAAAACAUUUGACUUGAAAAUAUCAGCCUUGGACAUGUCCAAUAAAACAGGUGGGAAACGCCCGGCUACCACCAACAGUGACAUACCCAACCACAACAUGGUGUCCGAGGUCCCUCCAGAGCGGCCCAGCGUCCGGGCAACUCGCACAGCCCGCAAAGCUGUCGCCUUUGGCAAGCGCUCACACUCCAUGAAGCGGAACCCCAAUGCACCUGUCACCAAGGCGGGCUGGCUCUUCAAACAGGCUAGCUCCGGGGUUAAGCAGUGGAACAAGCGCUGGUUUGUCCUGGUGGAUCGCUGCCUCUUCUACUAUAAAGAUGAGAAGGAAGAGAGUAUCCUGGGCAGCAUCCCCCUCCUGAGCUUCCGGGUAGCCGCAGUGCAGCCCUCAGACAACAUCAGCCGGAAACACACGUUUAAGGUGACUGUGUGCUGGGUGGAUGAGGCCGAGGCCAGCUCCACGCACUGCCUCUCCCCACAGGCCGAGCAUGCCGGGGUCCGCACCUACUUCUUCAGUGCUGAGAGCCCUGAGGAGCAAGAGGCCUGGAUCCAGGCCAUGGGGGAGGCUGCUCGAGUACAGAUCCCUCCAGCCCAGAAGUCAGUGCCCCAAGCUGUGCGGCACAGCAGCCAUGAGAAGCCAGACUCGGAGAACAUCCCACCCAGCAAGCACCACCAGCAGCCGCCCCACAACAGCCUCCCCAAGCCUGAGCCAGAGGCCAAGACUCGAGGGGAGGGUGAUGGCCGAGGCUGUGAAAAGGCAGAGAGAAGGCCGGAGAGGCCAGAAGUCAAGAAAGAGCCUCUGGUGAAAACCAACGGCCUCCCAGCUGGACCGGAGCCAGCCUCAGAGCCGGGCAGCCCUUACCCCGAGGGCCCAAGGGUGCCAGGGGGUGGGGAACAACCUGCCCAGCCCAAUGGCUGGCAGUACCACUCCCCAAGCCGGCCAGGGAGCACAGCUUUCCCGCCUCAGGACGGAGAGACUGGGGGACACCGGCGGAGCUUCCCGCCACGCACCAACCCUGACAAAAUUGCCCAGCGCAAGAGCUCCAUGAACCAGCUUCAGCAGUGGGUGAACCUGCGCCGGGGGGUACCCCCGCCUGAAGACCUUCGGAGUCCCUCUAGAUUCUACCCUGUGUCUCGCAGGGUCCCUGAGUACUACGGCCCCUACUCCUCCCAGUACCCUGAUGAUUACCAGUACUACCCGCCAGGGGUGCGGCCAGAGAGCAUCUGCUCCAUGCCGGCCUAUGAUCGGAUCAGCCCGCCCUGGGCCCUGGAGGACAAGCGCCAUGCCUUCCGCAACGGGGGCGGCCCUGCCUACCAGCUACGAGAGUGGAAGGAGCCCGCCAGCUACGGGCGGCAGGAUGGCACCGUCUGGAUCCCAAGCCCCUCCCGGCAGCCAGUCUAUUAUGAUGAGCUGGAUGCUGCCUCUAGCUCCAUGCGCCGCCUGUCCCUGCAGCCCCGCUCCCACUCUGUGCCCCGCUCACCCAGCCAGGGUUCCUACAGCCGUGCCCGCAUUUACUCCCCUGUCCGCUCACCCAGUGCCCGUUUUGAGCGACUGCCACCUCGCAGCGAGGACAUCUAUGCUGACCCUGCUGCCUAUGUGAUGAGGCGAUCCAUCAGCUCCCCCAAGUAUGAUUACCUGGGAGACAGGCGGCCAGUCCCUGCAGGACUGUUCCCCUACAACUACCCACCAUCCCCCACGGUCCACGAUAAGAUGGAUGAACUUUUAGAUCUUCAGUUGCAAAGAAACCUAGAGUAUUUGGAUCAGCAGAUGAGUGAGAGUGAGACUCUCAUCAGUAUGGUGAACCGCAUGGUGGAAAACUCCUCCCCCAGGUCCCAACUCUUCAUGCAAGUCCCUCCGUACCCAGAAGUGUUCCGGGACCGCCUCCAUACCUACAAGUUAAACGAGCAAGACACAGAUAAGCUGCUGGGAAAAUUGUGUGAGCAGAACAAGGUGGUGAGGGAGCAGGACCGGCUGGUGCAGCAGCUCCGAGCUGAGAAGGAGAGCCUGGAAAGUGCCUUGAUGGGGACCCAUCAGGAGCUGGAGAUGUUUGGAAGCCAGCCUGCCUACCCAGAAAAGCUGCGGCACAAAAAGGAUUCUCUGCAGAACCAGCUCAUCAACAUCCGCGUGGAGCUGUCUCAGGCGACCACGGCCCUGACGAACAGCACCAUAGAGUAUGAGCACCUCGAGUCUGAGGUCUCUGCCCUGCACGAUGACCUCUGGGAGCAGCUCAAUUUGGACACCCAGAAUGAGGUGCUGAACCGGCAAAUCCAAAAGGAGAUCUGGAGGAUCCAGGACGUGAUGGAGGGGCUGAGGAAGAACAACCCCUCCCGGGGCACGGACACUGCCAAGCACAGAGGAGGACUUGGCCCCUCAGCCACCUACAGCUCCAACAGCCCGGCCAGCCCCCUCAGCUCCGCCAGCCUCACCAGCCCCCUGAGCCCCUUUUCACUGGUGUCGGGCUCUCAGGGGUCCCCCACCAAGCCUGGCUCCAACGAGCCCAAGGCAAGCUACGAACAAAGCAAGAAAGACCCCCACCAGACAUCAUCCCUGGACACCCCCAGAGACAUCAGCCUUGUGCCCACCAGACAAGAGGUAGAGGCAGAGAAGCAGGCAGCUCUCAACAAAGUUGGUGUUGUGCCCCCUCGGACAAAAUCACCCACUGAUGACGAGGUGACCCCAUCCGCAGUGGUGAGGAGGAAUGCCAAUGGGUUCACCAAUGGACUCUCCUCCCAGCAGGAACGCCCCAAGAGUGCUGUGUUCCCUGGUGAGGGGAAGGUCAAGAUGAGUGUGGAGGAGCAGAUUGACCGAAUGCGGCGGCACCAGAGUGGCUCCAUGAAGGAGAAGCGGAGAAGCCUGCAGCUGCCGGCCAGCCCGGCCCCCGACCCCAGUCCCCGGCCAGCCUACAAAGUGGUGCGCCGCCACCGCAGCAUCCACGAGGUGGACAUCUCCAACCUGGAGGCAGCCCUGCGGGCAGAGGAGCCUGGCGGGCAGGCCUACGAGACACCCCGGGAGGAAAUUGCCCGGCUUCGCAAAAUGGAGCUAGAGCCCCAGCAUUAUGAUGUAGACAUCAAUAAGGAGCUCUCCACUCCAGACAAAGUCCUCAUCCCCGAACGGUACAUUGACCUGGAGCCUGACACUCCUCUGAGCCCUGAGGAGUUGAAGGAGAAGCAGAAGAAGGUGGAGAGGAUCAAGACACUCAUUGCCAAAUCCAGUAUGCAGAACGUGGUGCCCAUCGGCGAGGGGGACUCUGUGGACGUGCCCCAGGACUCAGAGAGCCAGCUGCAGGAGCAGGAGAAGCGGAUUGAAAUCUCCUGCGCCCUGGCGACCGAGGCCUCCCGCAGGGGCCGCAUGCUGUCUGUGCAAUGUGCCACCCCAAGCCCUCCCACCUCCCCUGCUUCCCCGACUCCUCCAGCCAACCCCCUGUCGUCUGAAUCCCCACGGGGCGCCGACAGCAGCCAUACCAUGCGGGUCUGAGCUCUGACUGCAAGCCCUGGCUGAGGCCAAUGCUGUGAAGCUCCACAGAGUCACAUUCUGAAGCCGUCCUCUGCCCACCUGAGGUCCUGGCUCCCCACCCUGGCCCCCUGCCCCUGCACUCCCAUGGGAAUGCCGCAGGGAGCCAGGCUGGGGCCACAGGCUGCUGCCGAGAGGAGCGUGGAUACCUCAGUGUCCACACACCCACUAUGCCUAACCCUGGAGCUCUCACUACUCACACCGUGGUCCUGGGCCAGGGCCUGAGAUGGCAGUGGGGAGCACCAUCCUCGUUAAUGCCCAAGUCACAGAGAGCCUCGGCCUUGCCCUGGCUGGGGUUGUGGUGACUCCAGUGGAACAAUCCCUGAUGGGGGACAUGCCGUGGUGGAGAACAUACCUGUGGCUAUCUUAUGUGAGGACUAGAGGUGAAGAGGAGAUGGACACUGCCUCUUGGAGCCAGCCUGACACUGAGGACAGCACUUGUCGUCAUCCCUAUCCUCAUCAACCCCACCCGGCUGCCUCAGCUGGACCCAGGGCUUUGAUAAACCCAGUGCUUUGCUUAUGGGUGCUCGCUGGGGUCCAAUGGAGACUGACCACCCUGCUUGAGCCAAAGACAAGGUGAUGAGAGAUGGGGAGAGGCUAUUGGCUCCCAGAGGGAACAGUGCUGGUUGUGGCUAGAGAACAGCAGGUCUGUGCAGUGUCUGAGGGCAGGUUGGGAAGGGUAGCAGAGAGAGACAGAAAGAGAAAGACAGAGAAAGAGAGAGAGAGAGAUCCUCAGAGUGGGAGGAGGGGAAGCAGCAGGACACAUUGGCAAGUCAAGCAGGAAGGAAGGAGAUGGAAAAGGGGUAUUGGAUUGGUUUCCCCAGGUGGAGCCUUAAGUUAGUGCCCAGUGCAGUGCCAGACUCUCUCCUCUGCUCCUCCCACCUCAUCCCCAGGACGACCCACCAGUGGAGCACAGGCAGCCUCAGUGGAGAUGCUUGGUGUGGGGAUCUAGGUGAAGGAGGUUGAGUAGCGACUGCCUGGGAGAUGGCUGUUGGUAGUUCUGUGCCUGGUGUCUGCCUCCCCGUCCUGGGGUAAGGGGCAGAGAGAAGGACUUGUCUUAUGUAGGGUGUGGUCAGCCUUGGGGCCUUACCUACCCAGUUCUGCGAUAUUUCUUGCCCUGUUCCCCCUGGAAUGUGCAGUGAUCCAGCUGAGAAUAUGCUUUGAGGAGGAGGGAUGAGGCCUUAAUCUGGGAGGCCUCCCAGGAUUCCAGGACCAUCCCCCAUCCCAGGCAUCCCAGACGAGAACUGGCUGAGGCUAGGCGCUCUCACGAUCCACCUGCCCAGGGAGGGCAGUGGGGGAGAGACAGAAGAGCAAAGCGCAUUCUUCCUCAGCUCCACCCACCUGGAGAUGAAUGUAGCCAGAGAGGAGGAAGGAGGGAAGCUGAAGACGCCGUGGCCCCUAGGCCUUCACUCUGCUAGAGUUGCCACCCAGAGGCUUCAGCCUGACCUCCAGCGGUCCCAAGAACACCUACUAAUUCCUCUCCACUCCUUCAUGGCUGGGACAGUUACUGGUUCAUAUGCAAGUAAAGAUGAUAAUUUACUCAACAAAUAUUUAUCGAGCACCUUUUAUGUACCAGGCACUGUUCUAGGUGCUUAGGAUAUUCUCAUGUUUCUGAGGGAUUACAGCCUAGGAGGAUUCCACCAAUCUUCACUUCUAGCAGGUUUUUUAAACGUGACCCUUGGCUACAUUUCCCAUCUUCACAGUUCAAGCACCCCAAACCUGCCCUUUCUCCCCUGCAGACUGGCAGGUGGAUUGGCUCCCAGGUCAUCUUCUCUCCCUCUUUCCCUUUCUCCCUCCACAGGAAACAGAUUUUUCAGGGCCUUCCAUACCUGCCGCUUUGUCUGUCUCUUUUUUUUUUUAAAGUAAUAUUUUUUAGAAAUACAUGUAAAAUACCAAGAAAUAAUAUCUGCACCUCUGCCACCUCUCUCUCACCUCUUAUUUCAUAAAGCUGGCUCUUUAUGUUGCUUUACAUGCCUUAAUAUAUGUUUUAUGGAGAUUAUACAUAUUAUAGAUCUAUAUAUGUAAUAUAUUUGUUUGGAUGUCUGAUCUUUUCCUACAGUUCCUGCCCAGGCCCGUUUUUCUCUCCCUUAUUUUCCAUAUCAUUCCUAGCAUAUCAAGGCCAUACCCCUUGCCUUUUUGAUCCAAAGAAGAGGAGAGGAAAGACUUAUUUUAAGACAGAUCUAUUUUAUGCUUUUGUUUAAAAAAAGCAAAUCUAUUUUCAAAUGUGCAAUGUCUGAAUGGAAUUGGCAAGUGAGGUGAGGAGAUGGGGCAACUGCCUUUAGGUCCCAACCCUGUGCCCUUCCCUCUGCCACAGUGGCUUCAUUCCAUCCUAUUCCCCAGUCAGGAAAGGGCUGGUCCCCAGAGCUCACCCAGAGAGCAUCUUGCCGGGGGCAGGGCAUUCCCUCGGAAGUCCUGGCUUAAGGAUUUUAUUACACUGUCCACUCCUGAUGACCCUCUGCAGUUGUCAGGCGUGAAUCCUCUGGAAGGAACUGUUUGCAGUUGUAUGCACAAAGGAGACCCAUGCAGGCAUGCACCCCAAAUGGGCUGCUAGACUACCCCUCUUCAUCAGCCUGCUGGAAAUAGCAGACAGUGUAAUGGCAGCCUAUGCCAAACAGCACUAAGGAUGUCAGUCUACGAGAUGGUGUGAAGCCCAGAGGAGGCGGCUUGGGAUCCUCUGGGCCAUCCCUGGCCCUUUAGCACAGACACAUACAAGUUCCUUGGGCUUGUCACACUCCUUUUCACUCGAUCCCUCUUUGGUCUGGGUCACAUCUAUGACAUCCACCCUCUGCAACCUUUCUCUCUGGGGGCUGUACCAAAGGCAUGGUACCUCAGUCUGGCAUCCAGACUGCGAAAUCAGCCUCUGAGCCGAGGAGGGUCCUACGGACAAGGUGACAUCUCAACCUCACCCAAGAAACCCCCAAGACUUUACCCCAGCAGGCUGCCACGGGGGCACCAAACGAAGCCAGCUCAGCCUUCCAAACUGCUCAAGCCUUUGUCAAUUAUCAAAUUGGCCAAAGGGUCUCUGGCCUUGCAAGGAUUUGGGCAGGAUAGAAGUCUUUGUCUAGAUCUGAAAUCAAGGGCUUGGGAAUCUAGAGCCGAGCUCCUGGCCAGCGUUUGAAGCCUGGCCUCCCAGCUGGGGCGUUUACUGACACCCUGCCACCAGCCUAGAACAUCCCGCUCUGAAUGAACAGAGCGCAGGUGGGGGUCCAGGGCUAAGUGACCCACCUGGGGACGCUCUGAUUAUUCAUCCAGGGCCUUCUCAAUGAGCACAUUACCUCCAUGAUCAAUAACCAAGAGGCUGCAAUCAAAUACUGCUACUGUCACUUUGAAGAUUUUCUGAGAUCGCAAGUGGCACACUUGCUCUCCGACCUUUGGGAGAGGCAUGUUUUUGGGCAGGGCUGGCUAUGGCAAGAGGGAACCAGUUCCUUUCUCCUUUAGGCACCCUCUACCUGGCAGCUCUUAAAACUAAGAAAAAAUAUUAUAUACACACACACAUAUAUAUAUACACACACAUAUAUAUAUCUAUUUAUGCACAUAUUGGGGCCAAUUUGAUUUGCUAGUAUUAGACAAUAAACCAUACAAGGAAAUUUAUGAUCUCAAUGUCUUUAUUUAGUAUAAAAGUGACCUUAGAAGAAGGGUGAAGGUUAGAUAGAUGGAAUCUCUGUCGGGGGCAACCAGCUGUAGCAUCCCCUUAGCAUCUUUCUAGCCAGUGAGCCCCCUCCCCAGGAGGAGGGGACGGCCUGACUGAAACAGGUGAGAGUUUGCUUCCUCCUUUCAGCAGCAUUCUUUUUAGAUUUAGGUACCGAAGAAUUCCAGUGAGUUCUGCAUUUGUAUCUUGCAAGUUUGUAUAAACUCAAUACAGGAAAUAAAAUGAAUGUUUUGUA